AUGACUGUGGACGAAAGGGUAGCCUCGACAGACUUGCAAAACCCCGCGGACGCUCUUGAAUUCCUUGCCAACGUUGCCGAACGAGACGCCGGACCAAAUCAACUUCCUCCCAUGCAGACCUCGAUCUACGGCAGCACGCCACAACACGCUGCCAUGGGCAGUGGGAUUUAUCAUGCUCCAACGCCGCAAGACCGAAGUAAUUCUGGCAAUGUGAUCGAUUUCGCACCUCUCAACAAAGGUCAACUCACCCUCGAUGUCAUUCGCACUUUGCUGGUGCGUUACGAGGAGAAGUAUCAUCCGUUCUUUCCCUUGGCAAAUCCGCUCGCCCUCGAUAUCCAGAACCUUCCAACAGUUGCAGCCAACGAGCCGCAUCUACUCACAGCCAUACUUACUGUUGCCUCUAAGGACGACAAAGACUGGUGGCAAUGGCAUGAGACUUGCUCUGCUCAUAUGAUGCAAUUGAUCGCCGAACUCGUUUACGGCGCGGAAGGCACCGUAGAGGCCGUCGAAGCUAUGCUUAUCCUGGCUGAGUGGGUGCCUCGCAGACCUCACUCAUCGCCAGCUGUUGGCAGAGGCGAGGAGGACCAGGCUGCUUGGAUGUACACAGGCACUGCCAUAAGACUCGGUUACUUGCUCGGUAUUGACCGCACAGGGUUCAGAACGGAAGCUGAUGGACAGUCUCUGGAGCUCAAUCGCAAGCGCCUAGCAUGGGCUGCAUGCUACAUGUCCGACCGUCAGAUCUCGGUUCGCAUUGGAAAGGCCUUCUGGUCUCGUGGACCUGGACCCAUGACAGCACUUCGAGCCCAAGACUUCCCGAGUCUACAGCCGACACUCAACCAUCACGACGACUUCGCCGCCAUCUUUCAGGCCAAUCUCGAGCUCACACAGCUCUUUAGUAACGCUCACGAUGUGCUAUAUGCUACCAAGAGCCGAAGCAAUCAGCUAAACUUUGGUGGUGAAUAUGUGAAAUACAUCGAUGACUUCCGUACUGCUCUUCGCUCAUGGCAGAGCAGCUGGGGCGUCUUCACUUGCUCACCAGCACUCAAAGCUAGUCUCGUGCUGUCGUACGAGUACCUUCGACUAUAUAUCAAUGCCUUCGCAUACCAAGCAACACUUAACCGACUUGUUGCUCAAGUACAAACAGCACAAGCGAGUGGCCCAACCGCGAAGUCUCCAGCGUAUCCUUUCGCCGACAUAGCAGCCACACCUGACGCUCGGUUCAUCUACGAUGCUAUCGAUGCCGCCAAGUCACUCCUGAGCACCUUCAACUCUUUCGUGGAUCCUGUCGAGACAUUUCGAUUCAUGCCUCUGCGAUACUACCUUUACGUUAUCUACAGCGCCUGUUUCUUGUACAAGGCUAGGAGCACAGGUGUGAUGGGCGGCGAUACCCGAGGAAGCGUGAAGCGUAUGAUCACAGACACAGUAGACAAGCUGCAGCGGGCGAGUGCCUGCACCAACGAUGUUGGCGAUCGCUACUCUCGCCUAAUUCGUCUUCUUUGGCGGAAGCCACCUGCUCGAGACAGUAUGCCGCAGCAGUCGACCACAGAUGCUCCACGCUCGCAUGCAUCGAAUUUGCACCCUACGACAUCCCACGAGAACACGAGCAACAUGCAGCCAAUGGAUCAGACAAACAUGUACGAUCCUGGCAGUCAACCACCGUCCAUCAACACCUUCUCCUGGCUUGAUUUACCAGCCGUAGGAGACUUUGCUACCCAGAAUAACGGCCUCACUGGCUCCAUGGAUGGGUUCGACAGAUUCGACGAUAGCUCGACUGAUGGGCUGAGCAACUUCGACCCAAGCAUGAUGAUGCCGCAACAUAUUGCUUGGAACAACAUGUCACCUUCUGGAAUUAUCUUCUAG